AUGGAAGGAGAGUCGGAAAAUGCGCCGACCCAGAGGCAGGAGCCGCCUGUGUUUAAGGCCCCAAGGCUAGUCUCUCGCCCAAAGCCCCCGGUGCAGCAAGAGGAGGAGAUGGGCUCUGAGAUCAAGCUGGGCGAUUUUGAAGAUGUCCAUGCGCUGUCCGUCUCCGAAGCGCGCGCCGUCGUCACAGCCGUCCACGAGGCACGAAAGAAGAAGGACCCCGAGAACAAUCCGCUGCGCGACAGGAUAUACAACGACAGCAUAACCAUCACGCAGUUUCUCGAUUACCUCGACAACUUCGCCCGAUACAAGGAAGAAGACAGUCUGCACUCCAUUGCUGCCCUCUUCGAUGCCCACCCCGAGAUCUCCGUUGUCGAGAAGGCGCUGCUGGUGUUAGGAACGCUGACUCCGGAUACCGCCGAGGAAGCCACCACGCUCAUUCCCUCGCUGAACAUGGACGAGGAAGAGCUCCAGUUGAUUCUGGACGAGCUGAACAAAAUGCGUGAGUUGGAAAAGAUUAACAAGAUGGUUACAGGCCUUUGA